GGGAUCUAAUAAUUCAAGUAGGUAGGUAUCUGGGCUGUUCCCGCAGGAAGGAGACCCCAUAGAAGGCUGGCAGCGCUGCUUCUGUAAAGGUCGCAUAUCGCGGGUGCCUAGGUAGGUUUUUUGCCAUGUAUUCCUAGGUUAAUUAGGUAGGUAGCUGUGAAUGUGCCCGCAUUCGCAAGGUGUGGUUAACCGCCUGCCCAUGCAGUUGCCUCCCGUCCAACACGCCGCACCGCUCCAAGCCAACGGCCCCUCUCGCUGCACUUGGACCCCCAUUGUACGCUUGUUAUUUCUUCACCGGACACCACCUUCAUCCGCCUCCAUCCGCCUCCAAAUCUUCCUAUCCCCAUCUUCCAAUUCCAGCCAGCCCACCACCACCUAGUCAAACCAUAUCCGAAAGAGGAAGAGCCGUGGAAGAAAGCAUCGUUGUCGACCUCGCCACCGAGUGCUAAGAGCUGGCCACGGGAGAAACACACGACUUGCGCCAUGGACUUCUCACAUGCUGCCUACUUUGGCGGAACCCAGCCAUACCAGUUCGUGGGCAUUCCUCCACUCACGCCUUCGCACUCCAACUCGGCUGCCUCGGAUGACUUCAACACCACCUCACCACCGGAGGGUUUCGACCAAUUCCCCAACGGUCUGCCCCAGGACCAAUUCCAGAGCUUCGAUAACUAUGCACAAUACAGCCAGAGCCACGCCUUUCCCGGUCCUCCGACCCCCCCAAACCAGCAUGCAGGCAUCCACAGCCAACCGCAGCCGCCCCAAGGCAUGAAUGGCGGCGCUGUCAAGGCUCACACCGGCGCCGAUGUCCUUUCCAUUUCCAAGGAAGAGACCCCGGAAGAGCUGGCUCAGAGCCGCAGGCAAGGGUCCAACUCGGAGGAAGACGACCUGACGCCCGCCCAAUCGAGGCGGAAAGCCCAGAACCGCGCUGCUCAGCGCGCCUUCCGGGAACGGAAGGAACGCCAUGUCAAGGACCUGGAGGCCAAGCUCGCCGACUUGGAGGCAGCACAGCAGCAUACAGCCACCGAAAAUGAGCGGCUGAAGCGUGAUCUCCAGAAGAUUAGCACCGAGAAUGAGAUCCUCCGGGCAACAUCAUCUAUGCAAGCUGCCGGGUCACCAGGUUCCAAUGGCGCCGCCCCCGUUACCACAGGCCCAAUGUCGUAUAACCCUACUGAUUUCUACUCCAACGUCCUGCAAAACCACGACAACAAGACGCCGAGCCACCGCGUCGUGAUGAGCGAUGAUGGCGAGAAGCUCCUUGCCGCUGGUGCUACCUGGGAUCUGAUCGUCAGCCACGAUAUGUUCAAGCGGGGCCUGGUUGACAUCGCAGAUGUCAGCGAACGUCUCAAGCAUCAGGCUAAGUGCGAUGGUCAGGGGCCCGUCUUCGAGGAACGUGCUAUCAUCGAGGCCAUCGAGCAGAGCGCUGCCAGCGGCAGCGACGCGUUAUUGUAA